CGCAACCGGCAAGCUUCAAGCAGGGUUCCCGCCAUGCCACAGGGGCUGCGUAUGGCAUGACUCCUUUCCCCGUAUCCUACUAUGUGUUGUCUACCCCGGGUUCUCGAGCGCGCGCUCCCGGCUGGAAGACUUGGGUUAGACUACUCUACCUUGGACAAGGCGACUCCCCGGCGGAUGCACCCCGGCUGUGUUACGCUGCAUGGUUGACGGUAUCUGUCCAAGUCCAGCCACCCUAUCAGUUCAGUGGCCGAUAUGCAUCCGAUUGUUUUCGAGAUAUUUUCACCGACCAUCCAGAGACUCUUACGUACACUACAUCCGACCACAUGUCCCGUAUUCCCGGUUACUAUUUCAGCCAUGAAGACCGAGAGCACUGUGCAUGUGAAUUUUGCCAAGUGGAUAGGGAAUACAUCAUCUGCGCACACGAAAAACGUUUCAACAGAAAAAAAGAACCCAUUCUUCACCACGCCGACAAGAAAUUCCUUGAGCCGUUCGGGUGGGAGGCCGAACGUGCUCCGAUAUUGUAUGGGUCAGAAAUUUCCCUUGCCUUUUUAAGGCGGGCAUCCGGUGGAUCAUGCCCAUGUGCCUAGCGAGGCUUUAAGCAACGACUGUUACAGUCAAAGCGGCAGGGCCCAACGGACUUCCAUUUUGGGUAACCCGACGAGUACCAAGCAUCAACCUACUCGGUUUGCGGAGACUGCGAAAAUUCCGUCAUGCUGAUCUCUUUCUCCAGCUGCACUGCGCCGCCUCCGCCAUGACUGCAACCAUGGGUGCAUAUGGUUGAGGAAACACACCAACAGGUCUGUCGCUAUGACAUCGAUCCCGACGCCACUAUCCACUCCGUACUGGAGUCAUGGAGUCGAUCCGCUUUCUGCUCCACAAGUAUCUUUUUCUCGGGAUCGCAUGGACAUUGCAGACAGGCCUUCAUCGCUUUCGACUCCCUACAUAAAGAGUCGCGCAUUUCCCGACCAAGGCACUCUUUCUCGAAGCCACUCAUACUGGAUUCUGGCCUUGCAACGCGAUCAACAUGCAACUAUUCAAGGGCCGCAGCCGCUACUUGGGCCUUCGUGGCACCAGACUGAACGUCGCCAUUGGUGUUAUCGCUGGUCUGGAUUUCUUGUUAUUCGGCUAUGACCAAGGUGUGAUGGGUGGUCUUUUGACCCUGCCCUCGUUUACAAACGUCUUUCCAGAGAUCGAUACGACGCAAUCUGGCUUAACUAAGAGCCAGGCAAACCACAUCUCAACCAUCCAAGGUAUCUCGGUCGCAUCGUACAAUGUUGGAUGCUUCUGUGGUGCAAUCGCAUGCAUCUGGCUUGGUGAAUACUUGGGACGACGCAAGACCAUCUUCCUCGGUUCAGCCAUCAUGGUGAUCGGUGCGACUCUUCAAUGUACAGCUUUCAGCCUGGCGCAUUUCAUCGUUGGCCGAAUCAUCACGGGCAUGGGCAAUGGUCUCAACACGUCAACCGUGCCUACAUGGCAAUCCGAGUGCUCAAAGUCGCACCGUCGUGGACAACUUGUCAUGGUCGAAGGUGCUUUGAUUACUGGCGGUAUCUGCAUCUCAUACUGGAUUGAUUUCGCCUUUUCUUUCUUGGACAGCCAGGCUUCAUGGCGCUUCCCUAUCGCAUUCCAAAUCGUCUUUGCUCUCAUCAUCCUUGUGUUCAUCUUGGAGCUUCCAGAAUCGCCCAGAUGGUUGAUACUCAAGGGACAUGAGCAAGAGGCCGUCGAAGUGCUUGCCGCUCUCUCCGAGAAGUCGGUCGAAGACAGAUAUAUCGCUGCUGAAUUCUCUGCCAUCAAAGAUACCGUCCUUGAGCAGCAAAAAGCAACUUUCCGCGACUUAUUCACCAUGGAUGAGGAUCGCCACUUCCAUCGCGUUGCAUUGGCAUAUGUCAAUCAAGUCUUCCAACAAAUCUCUGGUAUCAACUUGAUCACAUACUAUGCUGCCACCAUCUACCAGAACGAGAUUGGGUUGACGCCUUUCAUCUCACGAAUUCUUGCUGCGUGCAACGGAACCGAGUACUUUUUGGCCUCUUGGAUCGCCGUCUUCAUCAUCGAGAAAGUCGGUCGUCGGAAGCUCAUGUUGGUCGGAGCCGCUGGCAUGUCCAUCUCCAUGAUUAUUCUUGCCGUCAUGACGAAGAUUGGCGGAACCGCUUGCGGUAUCGUGGCCGCGACCUUUUUGUUCGUCUUCAAUACCUUCUUCGCAAUUGGAUGGCUCGGUAUGACAUGGUUAUAUCCAGCUGAGAUUGUGCCUUUGCGCAUUCGAGCUCCUUCCAAUGCCCUGAGUACCAGUGCCAACUGGGCAUUCAAUUUCAUGGUUGUGAUGAUCACCCCUGUGUCCUUUUCCAGCAUUGGAUACAAAACCUAUAUCAUCUUUGCUGUCAUCAACGCCUUCAUCUUCCCUGUCGUCUAUUUCUUCUACCCGGAAACCGCUUAUCGAUCUCUUGAAGAGAUGGACACAAUCUUCCACAAGACCAAAAAUAUCUUCACUGUAGUAUGGACCGCGAAGAACGAACCUCAUCGCUAUGGCAAGAAUGGUGAAGUCUUGAUUGAUUAUGAGGAAACCGAAGAGCACCAGCGAAGAGCGAGCACGGCUGAACGCAGGGCUAGUGUCCUCAGUCAGGACAAGCUUGACCCCGAGAAGGCGGCUCAGCGCCAGAGAGAGACUUACCGAGGCAACCCUGGUGGCCCUGCUCCAUUUGGUGCAUAAGGAAUGGGGCAGCAGGACUGCCAGGACAUGACAGUAUCGAUCAAAUAGCCAUGGGACACAAGUCAGCAAAAGUCAAUAGAGGGUCAUGGCUUGAUUAGUCAUAUAGUCAAAUGCGAAUCGAGGACUGUCUAUUCAAUCAUCCUCACGUUCAUGAUCUCGGUGUAUCUUGAGACUCCAUCGAUAUCGGCACGAUGAUCAGCAGCAACCAAACUUGUAGUCAGC